AGAGUUCUGAACCUCUCCGAUGGAGGCCUUCCGAACCGCAGCGAACAAAGCCCUGAUCGUAGAAAGAUCCGUCCCCGUUGCCAUCCUCCCAGAACAGGAAACGCCUGGGGGUUCCCUUUUCUUAAGUAACUUCGAUCAAGUGACUGCUUUUUUCAUGUCGUUGGUUUAUUCUUUCGACAGGAACGGCAUCGACAUGGCAGACUUUAUUAAGAAAGCUUUGUCCAAAGUUUUGGUUCAUCACUAUCCGGUUGCAGGGAGUUUAGCGACAAACUCCCAAGGGAAGUUGACUGUUGAUUGCGAUAAGAAAUUAGGAGUGGCAUUUGUGGAGGCAUCGGCCAAAUGCAACGUCAAAGAUCUAGGCGACAUACGACUUCUCGAUGCAAAUGUUUCUCAAAAGCUUGUUUAUAGAGAUCCUACUGAAAAUAUGCUUGAAGUUCCACCGCUUAUAACAGCACAAGCAAUAAGUUUUGGAUGUGGAGGUCUCACUGUAGGGAUCUCACUUAAUCACUGCACGCUCGAUGGAACCCCCGUAGUGAACCUCAUGAACUCAUGGGCUGAAAUAGCGAGAGGUAAACCCAUAUCCCUCGUCCUCUGUCAUGAAAGAACUAUUCUGAAAUCAAGGGUUCCUCCUCAAGCCACCUGUACUUGUGAGGGCUUUGUUCCGGUGAGUGAUGUAUCAAACUUGACGGCAUUAUUCGAGGAAGAGCAAAUUGUCCUUAAAACUUUCUACUUUGACAGUGCGAAGUUGGCGAACCUUAAAAAAAUGGCGACAGCCGAUGGACAGGUAAUGAGCAGCUGCUCCAACUUCGUGCUGAUUGCGGCCUUGGUGUGGCAGGCUCGAAGCAUGGCGCUCAGGAUGAAGUCGCACCAGAUGUCGAAUACUGACACAUUCAGUUGCCCCCGAACCCCCGCAUUCAAUAUCCAGGUACCAGUGGCUUUGAGGAUGGUGACGGAGAUGAAGCACGCCGUUGGUGUUAGUACUUGGGAGUAG